AUGGAUUCCCCUCCGUUGGUGUCGUACUGCAAUGGUGGACUCUCUCAAAAGAUUAUCAUUGAUACCGAUCCUGGCAUUGAUGAUAGCAUGGCAAUCAUGAUGGCUUUUCAGACACCAAACUUAGAUAUCUUAGGAUUGACAACAACAUUUGGUAAUGUCUCCACAAAAGAUGCCACUCGUAAUGCCUUACUUCUGUGUGAAAUUGCAGGACGUUUGGAUGUUCCUGUUGCUGAGGGUAGUUUUGAACCACUAAAGGGAGGAGAGCCAGAGAUUCAAGAUUUCAUCCAUGGAUCAGAUGGAUUAGGAAACUUACAUCUACCUCCCCCCAAAUUAAAAAAAGUAGAAAAAUCAGCAUCAGAAUUUUUAGUAGAUAAAGUUUCUGAAUACCCUGGUGAAGUAUCUAUACUUGCACUUGGUCCACUAACAAAUUUGGCUUUGGCCAUCAAAAGGGACUCCUCAUUUGUAAAUAAGGUGAAAAGAGUGGUGAUACUCGGUGGAGCUUUUUUUGCACUUGGGAAUAUUAAUCCAGCUGCAGAAGCAAAUAUAUACGGGGACCCUGAAGCAGCAGAUAUUGUUUUCACUUCUGGUGCAAAUAUAGAUGUUAUUGGCAUAAACAUCACAACACAAGUCAAAAUGUCAGAUGAUGAUCUUGAUGAACUGAGAAAGUCUAAAGGGAAGCAUGCUCAGUUUUUGUGCAACAGUAGUAAAUUCUACAGAGAUUGGCAUGUGAAAAUCAGAUGGUGUUUAUGGAGUUUUCCUUCAUGA